CCGAAGCCGGAAGCGGCUGCAGUCGGAGGAAUCCAGUGAGCGAUCUGGUGCUGGCCGGCCGGGGGAUGGCUUGGGCUGCGGUGCUGGAGCGGCGCAGCGGGUGGCGGUCGCUGUGGCUGCGGACGUUGCUGCUGCUGCGGCUGCUGCGGUGGGGGUACGCCCUCGGCUCGCUCCCUUUCGGCAGCAGUCGCCACCCGGGCUUUGCGGAUCUCCUAUCGGAGCAGCAGCUGCUGGAGGUGCAGGACUUGACCCUGUCUCUGCUGCAGGGUGGCGGUCUGGGGCCGCUGUCGCUGCUGCCCCCAGACCUGCCGGAUCUGGAGCCCGAGUGCCGGGAGCUGCUGAUGGACUUCGCCAAUAGCAGCGCCGAGCUGACCGGGUGUCUGGUGCGCAGCGCUCGGCCCGUGCGUCUCUGCCAGACCUGCUACCCGCUCUUCCAACAGGUCGCCAGCAAGAUGGACAACAUCAACCGAAACAUCGGGAACUCCUCAGAGAGCCCGAACUGUGCCAGAAGUCUCCUGAUGGCAGACAGAAUGCAAAUAGUCCUGACAGUCUCUGAGUUUUUCAGUACCACGUGGCAGGAGGCGAACUGUGCAAAUUGCUUAACGAACGACAGUGAAGCUUUGUCAAAUAACACCGAGUAUUUCCUCAGUCUGUUUAACAAGACUCUGGCCUGCUUUGAGCACAACCUUCAGGAGCGCACAUACAAUCUUCUCUCACCAAAAAAUUACUCCGAAGUGUGUAAAAACUGCAAUGAUGCAUACAAAAAUCUGAGCACCCUUUAUACUGAGUUGCAGAAAAUGAACGGGCUUGAGAAUAAGGCUGAACCGGGCACGCACUUGUGCAUUGAUGUGGAAGAUGCAAUGAACAUCACCCGAAAGCUCUGGAGUCGAACCUUCAACUGUUCGGUCACCUGCAGUGACACGGUGUCCGUAGUCGCUGUUUCUGUGUUCAUCCUCUUUCUGCCCGUUGUCUUCUACCUUAGUAGCUUCCUUCACUCGGAACAAAAGAAACGCAAACUCAUUCUACCCAAGCGUCUCAAGUCAAGCACCAGUUUUGCCAACAUUCAAGAAAAUUCCACCUGAAACCUGCAAAGCGUGGACUCAGCCUCACAUGGUGUGAGUGGGUGGUUGGACCACCGUAUGAUCAGGAGACAAUGAACCAGGAUCUGACACAUCACCUUCUUAUGAAAUGCCAGCGCUGCGUAUUUAUAAUGUAUUCUGAACGACAGUUUUCACAUUUCCUUUCCCUGCCCACCCAUUUGUAAAGAUUUCUGUAUUUUUAAUUUUCGGAUACAGUAGUGUUACAUAUUCUAAGGUGUAUGUGUUAGAAUAGCAGCAAGGACUUUGUUUUUGCGGACGUAUGACUACUUGGCACUCCUGAUAUCUCCUCAUUGACACUUCGAAGUCCACAGAACCCAGGCCGCUGGAGACUGCCAUAUACACAUUAGCCACUAUUGCCGACCCAGAUGGCAGCCGGCCCAAAGAGUAAUGUAAAUGACUUCCCAUUGCAGUAUUAUUGUGUAUGUGUAUAUAUAAGUAUUUAAUAUAUUAUACAUUGAAAUAAUGCACUCUCUAGUUUCCCUGAAGUCAUAUUUGAAACCACUAAUUGUAAACCUCCUUAACAAUUUUCAGACGUGAUGAGCCACAUCGUACGUUCAUCUUUGUUAAAAGAUGUAUGGUAACUGGUUUUCUUACUUGACUUUUAUAAAUAGUAUUUUACACCUUAUUUUUGCCUUUAUUUCAUAAGUAAUUUAAAAUCACUGGACUUCUCUGUUAGCUUCAGGAUAGGAUGGGUUUAUUUUAUGCCAUGGAUUUACAUUGUGAAUUUCAUUAAAUUAUUUGGCGACUUGUAACUUAUUCUCUAAAUGAAACGUAGUACAAGUGUGUCACACUGUAUUUAAUUGUGCUUUUUAAUGAAAAUUUCAUCUUGGAAUAUUUGGAGAGUUGGAGAGAGGUGAAGGAGGAAUACCGGAGCCUAAAGUUGAGGGAGCACACAGGGAGGAGGGUGCUCACUGAAAAUCUAAAGUUGAGGGAGCACACAGGGAGGAGGGUGCUCACUGAGAAUCUAAAGUUGAGGGAGCACACAGGGAGGAGGGUGCUCACUGAGCAGACACUGCAUAGUUUAUAGGGGAGGUAGCUGGGUAACAGUUUCACACCGGAAGCUCUUCAGCCAAGGUGAUGUCCCCUCUGAUUACGUAAAGGAUGAAAGCGAUAUGACGGAAAUGAAAUCACACGUUUCCCUGUCAGGAAACAAGGUCUACUUUGGAAUGUUUCCAUCAACCUUUCAAACAAUGUUUUGUUUCAGUAUCCUUCAGUUUUAUUUCUUGGGAUAUAAGAGUUGAUGAUCUUGCUUGUUAAUUCUGUUUCUGGGUGGGGACAGGUUGUAAAUUUGGAGGCUUCCCUGGCUGACUGCUGAGUCUGAAGGCUCUUCCAGACUGUAAUUCACACUAAGAGGAGACGGGAGUGUUUCGUGGUUUCUGUUUAACCGCACGUGCCGCGUGUGAGAGCAGGCUCAUCCUCAGAUGUGACAAUCAGAUGAUGCUGUCUCAGCUUUUCUCACCAGCUGGGACCUGUUCCAGUGUGCUGUUGCGGUUUGUUGUGCUGUCACUGUUCCUGCUGCUGUUACUAAGGACACUCUGGAUUGGAAGCCCGUGGCUGAGGGCCAUUGAAGGCAAUCUUCAAUAAUGCAGACGAAACCAGUUUACAUGUUAGCAAGGUGACACAUUUGAAGGGUGAGUGGUGGCUCCUUGAGCCCCUUUCAGUCCUGUGUGCAAACCAUUGCUUUUGGAUAAAAAGCUAAUGAGCACUUCAGCAAGAUCUUCGCUCCCUAUGAGUUGCAUCGGAAAUAGAUUUGAAAAACAUAUGCUAAGUGUUCUGUUGAAGUGCAUAAGAAUUUCAUCUUAUGGUCAUGAAAAAUGUACACACAGGGCUAUGUAUGUGACGAGAAACCUUUUUCCUUAUGCUUUACAAUAAAGGAAAUGCCA